GAUUCAGACAGCAACACGGUGGACUGGGAAGGAAGCCUCGAGCAGGAGAGUGGGGAGGUGGGUUGCCUGUCCCUGCCUAUUUACCUCUUAGCCCAGUCAGUACAGAGAUGGGGGCUCUCCUGGCCUGGCCCCAAGCUAAUCAAGAGAGUGAAGAGUCACUGGUGUGGCCAUUUGAGGGCCCCAGGAAGUGACUUCAUGGGGAAGAAAAAUUCCACCCAAAGGAGUGGGUGGGGAGGCAUGACCUCUGGGGCACUCGGCCUGUUCUGCCAAGGAUGGCUGGAGUGUGGCUGGCACCUGCCCUGGCCUGUCUUGAAGGAGACGCGGAGCCUGACUUGCUGGGGAUGGAAAAACACACGAGGAAGCCAUGUCAGAAACACUGACAGUGAUGGAGCCUCCCGCUCCCGAGCCCAGAUCUGGGGGACCCCUCCCUCCCGUGAGCUUUCCCCCUUGGGAGGUCCAUGCAGGAGGGACAGCCGAGUUGGGCACAGGGGCCGCUGGCAGCCCCGAGCCGGGCUCUGACCUUCUGUCCCUGCAAAGGGGGCUCCUGGGCAGAGAGGACCCGCAGGACCUUCCGUGGAGCCCUGACGAUCCUCUCCCGGGAGAGGAGGCCGGACAGGGCCCAAGGGCCCGGCCCCGAGACAGCCUGUUCGUGUGCGGCGCCUGCGGCAGGGACUUCGCACGCUACCCCGACCUGGCCGAGCACCAGCGAGCGCAUGCAGGUAAGCAGGCCCUGGAGCCGGUGGCCGCGCUGGACCUGGCCCGCCUCCCUCCUGGCCACGGCCAUGGCCAUGGCCACGACAGGCCCUUCGCGUGCCGGGAGUGCGGCAAGCGCUUCGGCCAGAGCUCCCUGCUCCUGCGCCACCAGCGCAUCCACACGGGCGAGCGGCCCUACGAGUGCAGCGAGUGCGGCAAGGCCUUCCUGCGCAGCUCCAGCCUGGUCCGGCACUUCGAGACGCACACCGAGGUGCGGCAGCACGAGUGCGGGGAGUGCGGCAAGGCCUUCCGCCACCGCUCGGACCUCCUGGAGCACCGGCGCAUCCACACCGGCGAGCGGCCCUUCGCGUGCCGGGAGUGCGGCAAGGCCUUCAUCCGCAGCUCCAAGCUGGCCCAGCACCAGCGCGUGCACACGGGCGAGCGGCCCUACGUGUGCGGCCACUGCGGGAAGCGCUUCAGCCAGACGUCCAACUUCACGCAGCACCAGCGCAUCCACACGGGCGAGAAGCUGUACGCCUGCGGCGAGUGCGGCAAGGCCUUCUUCCUCAGCUCCUACCUCAUCCGCCACCAGAAGGUCCACACCGGCGAGCGGGUGUACGCCUGCCAGGAGUGCGGCAAGGCCUUCCUGCAGAAGGCGCACCUCACGGAGCACCAGAAGAUCCACUCCGGCCAGCGGCCCUUCGAGUGCCAGCACUGCGGCAAGGGCUUCAUCCAGAGCUCCAAGCUGCUGCUGCACCAGGCCGUGCACACCGGGGAGAAGCCCUACGCGUGCAGCCGCUGCGGGAAGGGCUUCAUCCAGAGGGCCAACUUCCUGCAGCACCAGAAGCUCCAUGCUGAGGAGCCGAGGGCCCCCGACCUCUGCGCCGCUGGCCCGAGGGCUUCUUCCAAGGGGCUGAGCCCAGCUCAGGGUGAGAAGCCUAGAGGGCAGGGGUGUUCGCCUCCAGCGCCGAGGACCCUGUGAGCACCGCCGGCUUCUGUCUGAUGCAGGCUGAGCAUCACAGCUUCCAGUGGACGGAACCGUCCGACACUUGCUCAGGACUGUGGGGUGGGCACAGCACAGCACAGCACAGGGAAGCCGGCCUGGAGAGAAGGUUCCACACUGUCCGGGUACAAUUCUCACCUCUUGAAAGGAGAACUUUGCUGU